AGUUUAGGCCUGUGUCAAAUCUUGCGGACUUUGUUAAGGAGUGUAAAGAUAAAAAAUUGAGGUCGUUCUCCUCGUACAAGACUAAGAAAGAGUUGGGUGAGGUGUUGCGCAAGUAUAGGAUCAAUAGUAAUGAUAAAAAAGAUUCCGCUAUUCGUACCAGAGCCUGUGAAAAUCAAUGA